GUAUUAUGGAAAUAAAGACAAAUUUUGGCCUAAGGAACUCAAAAUCGGUUUAUUUUAGAAAUCAGAAUACGAGAUAUUUAGAGGAUUUUUUGAGAUAUUUAGAAAAUUGUUUGGGAUAUUUAGACAUUUUUGAUAUUUACGUGAUAUUUGUGGAAAGGCCUGCCCUUCAAGUUCGAUUGUGUUCGGUUUUACCGCGUCGUUUAACCGGGAAGACACUGGGACGAGGUGGGCCAAAUCCUGGCGACGAAAGGCCUUAUGGGGAAUAUUCCAAGAUGGCGGCUGUGUUGUGUGGACUUGUGGCAGACUCGCUCCCGGCGAAAACAAAAUUUUGCUGCCAUCAUGUUAAAUGGUUGUCACGCUUGGCCAGCAAGGCUGCAAAGUCACGGGGCAGGGGUCCUUCAGCUAAAACCACAAAACAGGCUAAACCAGUUAAACGGCAAGAAGAUUUGAAGCCUAUAAUUUCAAGAGCGCUGAACAAAAGAAGACAAGCAGCUAAUCAAAGAAUAAUAUCAGCACAAGAACAGCUUCAAAGCAAAGAGUCAAUCUCCAAAGGACCCAGAGAAAUUAUAAUUGAGCCAUCUUGUUCUGAGAAUCCUGCAUUCACACCAGAAAAGGAUAUUGAUUUUAAGUCACAAGUGUCAUCAUUUAGUGCCCUUGGAUUAAGAGAGGAUGUUCUGAAGGCUUUGUACAAUAUUAAAGUAACUAAACCCACCGUCAUUCAGAUGGUGACAAUUCCACCAAUACUAAAAAGAGAACAUGUCCUCUGUGCAGCGCAAACAGGAACUGGGAAAACUCUUGCAUAUUUGGCACCAGUGGUACAUCAUCUAAGAGAGGACGAAAGAACACAUGGUGUGAUAACGCGCCUCAAAAGACCAAGAGCUUGUAUUGUUGUACCAUGCAGGGAACUCGCUGUGCAGGUCUUGGAAGUUGCUAAGUCAUUGAGUCAUCAUGCACGUUUCAAAUCAGUCGGGAUCAUUGGAGGACGAAAGAAGAAAUUUAUGAAGGUAGAUCUUCAGUCCCCAGUUGAUCUAGUGGUUGGUACACCAGGGACAUUGCUUCAAUUCUGCGAAAAAGCUCGUUUAUUCUUCUCGGAUUUGUCUUACUUGGUGAUCGAUGAAGCCGACACCAUGUUUGACGGCCAUUUCAGACGGGACACUAUGGACCUUCUUCAAUCGAUCUCUGUAAGUAGAACUACAUUACUUGCAAAAAACAAAUCCGGACGAUUGAAAUUUCGGACAAAAAAGUGUCACCGUCCGAAAAUAACACAUUGAAAAUAACACCGUCCGGAAUUUUUAAGCGUCCGAAAUAUUUACAGUACAGUAUAAAACUUUUAAGUAGCUCUAAAACUAAUACUCGAGUCUUUGUUUCCUUUAUGUUGCGAACUCUAGUUGAGACACUCCCUGAGGUACGUAAAGGCUUGA